AUGGUGGUACUUAAUUCUAAUCCGGAGAUCCUCUUGCGCAAGCGUAAAGAUCGUGAUAGAAAGCGUCUUGAAAAGCAGGAACAGGCAAUUCAAAGACAGCUUCAACAAAAGAAGAAAAAUGCAAGAAAACUCAAAAAGUUUGUAAGAGUGGAGACGCUCAUUUCGAACUAUAAGUCCAAUGAGCUUGAAAAGAAGAGAAUACAGCAUAUAACCAAGCACCAACAGCGUGAACAAGAAAAUUCGGAUGAAGAUGAUGGUUCUGAGAACCUUCUUUUUGUCAUUAGAGUCCCUGAUCAUGUGAAAGGAUUAUCCAUCCCCAGAAAGGCAAAAACUGUGUUGCGUUUAUUACGGUUGGAUGUGCCCAAUACUGGUGUUUUCGUGAAAGAAAACGCUGCCACUGCUCCAUUAUUGAAGUUGAUCCUGCCCUAUAUCGUUGCAGGAAAUCCUUCAUUAGCAUCGGUGCGUCAAUUGUUUCAAAAAAGAGCAUGUAUAUCCGUGAUUGAUGAUGAAACUGAGAAGCCUAAAGUGAUCAAGUUAGAUAACAAUGUUGCAGUGGAGGAGAAGUUUGGAGAUGACUUGGGUCUCAUCUGUAUCGAGGAUCUAAUUCAUGAGAUCGUAACUUUAGGUGACAAUUUCAAGCCUGUGACAUUCUGGCUUAGACCAUUCAAACUCAAUGCCCCUGUCAGUGGCUGGGGUCCCCAGGCAAAGCUUGCUAAAUUGCAAUAUGAACAAGAAAACCAACGCAAAGUCAGUUUAGCCGGCAAUGCAACACUUUCACUCAUUGACAUUGACAAAUUUAUCGAGGAACAAAAUUAG